AUUUAAAAAGGGCACCUCAUAACUCUUUUGAACAAAACAAAAAAUGGCACCUUCAACACUAACAGCUUUAGCUAAUGAAAAGACCCUUGAAACAAGUUUUAUUAGGGAUGAAGAAGAACGUCCAAAAGUUGCUUACAAUAAAUUUAGUGACGAAAUUCCAGUAAUAUCGUUGCAAGGUAUUGAUGAUGUUAAUGGAAGAAGAAGUGAAAUAUGUGAGAGAAUCGUAAAUGCUUGUGAAGAUUGGGGUGUUUUUCAGGUAAUUGAUCAUGGGGUUGAUGCUCAAUUAAUAUCACAAAUGACAAAAUUAGCGAAGGAAUUUUUCGAAUUGCCUCCUGAGGAAAAGCUUCGGUUUGACAUGUCUGGUGGCAAGAAAGGUGGCUUCAUUGUCUCAAGCCACUUACAGGGUGAAGUGGUUCAAGACUGGCGUGAAAUAGUGACUUACUUUUCAUACCCCAUUCGAGCUAGAGACUAUUCUAGAUGGCCAGACAAACCACAAGGCUGGAUAGGUGUAACUGAGCAAUACAGUGAAAAGUUGAUGGAUUUGGCUUGCAAAUUAUUAGAAGUACUAUCAGAGGCAAUGGGCUUAGAGAAAGAGGCUUUAACCAAGGCAUGUGUCGAUAUGGACCAAAAAGUAGUUGUGAAUUUUUACCCAAAGUGUCCAGAGCCUGACCUUACUCUUGGGCUCAAACGACACACCGAUCCAGGAACCAUUACCUUAUUGUUACAAGACCAAGUUGGUGGGCUUCAAGCCACUAAAGAUAAUGGCAAAACAUGGAUCACUGUUCAGCCCGUUGAAGGUGCUUUUGUGGUUAAUCUUGGCGAUCACGGUCAUUAUUUGAGCAAUGGAAGGUUCAAGAAUGCUGAUCAUCAAGCAGUGGUGAAUUCGAAUAGCAGUAGAUUAUCGAUAGCCACAUUCCAGAAUCCAGCACCAGAUGCAAAAGUGUAUCCGUUAAAAAUUAGAGAAGGAGAGAAGUCAAUAAUGGAUGAGCCGAUUACAUUUGCAGAAAUGUACAGGAGGAAAAUGAGUAAGGAUCUUGAGCUAGCUAGGCUGAAGAAACUGGCCAAGGAAGAGAAGAUACAAACUGAAGAGGCCAAGUUGGAGUCCAAGCCCAUUGAGGAAAUUCUUGCUUAAGUGUUUUAACACUUGAAACAACAAGCUAUGCGCGUAAUUUCUUUUAUCAGUAUUGUCUUGAAUAACAAUCAAUCAUGUUCUUGUGAAUUGGUGAUGUUUUUAAUCUUAUUACAAAACAAA